AUGGAUUCGAUCCCGAGGAUGAAUCUACAAGACCGGAGAGACAAUGCGAACGGAAACGACUCCUCGACUGUCCACGACUUUGAUGCUGACAGUGGUACGAGCGUCUCGAUUCAGCAACACCCGAUUUCCUAUUCGAAUGGUCGUCGCGAGGCUAAGUUAACGUUGAACGUUACCUACGCCUCACCGUCUCGAAUUGUAGACGAGGAGGUCGGCGAUGUUGCGAAAUUCAUUUUGAAGCCUAUACUGUGGCAUUUGAGGCAGCAGUACAACGCAAAGACGUAAGAAUUUCCACAAACAACCCUAUCAGUCUUUCCAUCACUUCGAGCUAGUCUGAUUGUACAAAGCCAAAGUCGGGAUACCUGCAUGCAUGUGGAUGAGGAGAACGAGAUCAAUCUCGGUUCCACCAAUGGAAUUCCAGAACAACAGCUUGGAUCGUUCACAGCCAUCAACAUGGAGGAAUCUCCAGGCGAAGCUCGCUCAUCUUCUGCACAAAGGUCGAGCUCACCCAAGGGCAGGAACCCAAGCACCAAUAGCGUUUCUCCGCUACCGGCCGCGGUAGUCGAGCUAUCCAAGUUGAUUGCCCACACGAUUAUCCAAGGCGGGCACGUUUUGUCCCCCUCCAACAAAUCGGGCGGAUCAAAAUGGCUACAUGACCUUCAAAGGCUCGGCUCAAAGAAAGACACCAUGACAUUGGAUCAACUCUACAAAGCCCACACAAGGAUUGCGGAUGGCGCUUUCCAGCAGUCCAGACAGUCAUCGUUCAUCAGAUGCCUACUGAUGGUCAUCAUCUCCAAACGGACUGGCCGACCGUCGUCGGUGAACAAGCCCUUGACCCCCGGAGAGACACCUGUAAAGGAUGAGAGGCUUCGAAGGUACCUUGCGUCCACCGGGAGACUGUUCAUUGAGCUACUCAAUCGUCUCUCAGAGACUUUGGGGCCAAAAGCUUACAAUACGCUCUCCUCUCUCUUUGGUAUCAACCCGUUUACUACCCAUCACUGUGGCUGAUUGCUGACGAAGCGAAGUUGCUCCUAGCGAUAGUUUCACCUUCAGCAUGCCCGCCCUGCGACGACUGCAGGGCUCAUACUCUAAGGAGAUCGUCGAAACUAUCUGUAGGCUGUUGACCAGCUCAUUGGAUACCAAGUGGAUUGACAUAGACACUCAAUUCAUCUUCGAUCCGGCCCAAGCUAUCACCGCAGCAGACCUUAGGUAUGUUCAAAAGACAUGAACGCGGAGGAAAUCUGACAUCAUUUUAGCUAUGAUGAAGCACGACUGAAGCUCAAAUUGACUGCUCCCAAAAUCUCAAAUCUUCAGUUGUCAGGCGUCUGUGCGAAUCCCGAAGGACGAAUCAGCCCGACGCUGCAGCAACCAGCCAAGGAGAAUGGCUCGGAACACCCAGACGAUAUUAGACGCGCUACCACACCAGAAUGUGAUGAUACUAUUGAUCCUGCAUUGUUGUCGGCAAGGCUUCCCGAGGAGAGGCCACUCGAGUUGUUUGAAGGCCAGAUGAUCGAGACCUUGGAGCCCACCUCGAUCCAUUCGCAGUUUACAUCUAGAGCAGAGCAAUACCUACCAUGGAUUAAUCAGAUGUUGUCGUGGGAGAGCUGUCAGAACGAUAUAUAUGGUCUGGCCGAGUUGUAA